AUGAAAAUCAAAAAUUUUGUCUCAAUCCUGCUGGCGUUCCUUGUUGUAGGAAAUGUGAUUUACUGCUUUUCGAUAAAUUCUAAAGAUAAAAUAGUUGUCGAACCGGGGACGAAUGUUGUAAGCGACAAACAAGUAUAUUUACCACUUGGAUGGCCAUCUAAGCUUACUUGUGAUUCUGCCGUCCAGCUGGAGGAUUUAAAUAUAGAUCAAUCGGUACUCUUGGUAUGGACGAUGCGGUUUGCUAACGGCACUGACACGAUUUUAGAACAAAACGGACAAAAAAUGUUUGACAUGGUUGCAAGAUCUUUGAAUAUCAAUCCAGUAACUCGAGAAAUUGAUGGAGCCGUCAUAGAAUGCACGACUAUGCGUCCUGGGAACACUAGUUUGAUUAGUAGACAUCGAGUAGAAGUACAAGACUGUAAACCACAACCUCCUGGAGAUCAAAAAGCAUACAACCUGCAUAAUCCUUGUGCCUUCGGAAAAUGUCAGCUACUAGAAGAUGGCUCAUUUGUAGAAUGCCUUUGUUUCAAGCAGUACACUGGUAGACAUUGUGAUAAGCAAAAAGCGUAUAGUUGGUUUAUGGACUUUCUGCCUUACGUUAUGGCAAUACUUCUGCCUAUUCUAUACUUCAUUGUCUCUGGAAUAUUCUCUCUGGUUAGCGGCGACCGGAAAGAAGUGAAACUGAUGAGAAUUGCUGACUUGACAGGAUAUUCUGAUCGUGAAAACUUCAAACUUUCGAAUUUAUACCCAUUCAUUACAAAACUUCGAAGAUGCAAUUUCCUUGAUUUUGACGAAGGAGGCGAUCAUAGACAUUAUAAAAAGUAUUACAAAAAAAAGAUUCAUCAGCUAAAGAAGGAGUUGAUGGCAUCCAAAUCAAAACCAGCAAAAGUGCCAAUUGCACAUUCUGAAAAAGCCCCGAAAGCAACACCAGUUGAGACUAGACCAGCAAUGAUUGGAAAAUCGCAGCCAGCAGUAAAGGACACAAGUGUGAGAACAACUGAUUCGGGAUCUGGAACAUCCGGUGGAGAUAGUGGCAGUGGAUCCUUUGGAAGUAGUGCAAUGGGAAAUGUUUCUGCUUCUGGAGGUUCAUCUGGAGGUUCAUCUGGAGGUUCUUCUGGAGGUUCUUCUGGAGGUGCAUCGGGUGCUCAAAGUCUAAAAGCAGCCACUAGAAAAGCUUCAUUGGGCGGAUUCCAGAAAGCAGCUACUAGGCGAUCAAAUAAAAAGAAGGAAAAACUAAUGGAUAUUCCUAAUGAUUUGGAUAGUGGUGGAACUACGGGAGAUGACAGUUCUGUAGUUGAAUAG